GAAGAGAAAGAAGAAAAGAUAGAAGAAAAGAUUGAAGAAGAAAAGAAAAAUGAAAAAGAGGCAAAGAAUGCAAAACAAGAACAGGCCGAGGAUAAAGAAAACGAUUUAAAUAUUAAAGAAGUGGAGGAACCAGAAAUUGUUAAAGAGAAGAAAGAAGAUAACCGCGAAAUAAAUGUCAAAAUGGCCGAAUCUAAAUCUCUCCCCUCUGAUGUCAAGAAAAUUUCAAAAAAUGAAGAAGAGCUCAAGAUUUUGGAGGUGCUGAAGAAUACUUUUCUCUUAAAUCCUAUUCCUUGGCAGAAACGGAAAUCUGGGAAAUUCUGGAAAACUGAAAGAUCUCAAUUCAGAGCACUUAAAAAGGACAAAGGUCAAAGGCGAACUUUUGAGGAAAGAUUAAAGCUGAAAGAGGAGAGAAUAAGAAAUAAUGAGCUUGGGAACAUGCUCAUGAAGGAGAAGAUUGCUAAGAAACAGGACUUGAGACAGCGUAUAGCUGAGAACAAGAAGAAGAAGGAGGAGAAGCAGUUAAAGAACGAGGUGUACCAGGUGGUCAGGAACCCGAACAAGAUCAAGAAGAUGAAGAAGAGUGAUCUCGUCAAACGAGAUAUUCUCGCCAAGGUUCAAUAAUAAUAUUUUUUUUGCAGA